UUCGGUUCGUAGCGCUCUCUCUAAUCGUUUGGUGUAGCGGAUAGAUUCGUCCAUAAUUAUUUGUAUCUUGUUUGCUUCAUGUGUAUCUCACAGAUACAGCAGUGUAUCUUUUUAAAGAUUUUGCCUCAAAAUCAUUCGGAAUACACUCUAUAAUCCGGUUCUUGUACCAGCCGCAAGGUGUGUAACACAGUUAUCGAUAUUAUAGUAUUGUGUAUGGAUGAUGUGCCGUCGUUUAUAGUGUUUAUAUUAUCGAAAAUACAACAACAAUAACAACAACAACAACAAAUAAAACCUCCAAAAACAAAAGAUAUAGAUUCGUCGUCUUGGUCGUUUGUCUUUUUUGUUGUCGUGGUGUCGUAUUUAAAUGCUGGCAGUUCUGAAUAAUUUUUUAGAAAAGAAAAAUUCAAAUGUUGCAACAUUUUUGCAAAUUUUACAAAUAUUCUAACCGGGGUCAUUAUAGUCAGUCACCGUUAAUAUUAGUUUAGUGUCGAACAACAACAAUAUUUCGAUUGUUGUCAUCGACCUAAAUUUGAAUAACUUGUGUGUGCGACCUUAACAAUAAAUUAAUUUAAAAGUUUUAAAAAAAAAGAGAAGAAUAAGAAGAAGAAAAUAAAAUAUUUAAACAAAAAGCAAACAAAAAAGAAAGAAAAAAAAAUUGUGAAAGUUCUUUUUGUUUGUGCCUUUUUUUGCAGCGACAACAACAAAUGUCUUGUGUUUCCAGCCAAAAGUGAAUGUGAUUACUUACCUAUCUUAAAAUCGUCAAGUUUUUUUCUAUCGAUAAAUUGAAUAAAAAAUAAAAGUUAUGUAUCAUAGAAUCAAUAAAAUAAUUAAUUGAGUUAUAUUAACAAAAUGUGAUUGAUACAAUUAUUUCCCAAAAUAAGUUUGAUUUUUUUUUUUUGUUUAAAUAUCAUAGCUGUCAUCUUGUUUUGUUUAACGGUUAAACAGGAUAUCCAUAAAUUUAACGAAGGAAAUGCGGUGACAUUUUGUAAAAACGUCAUUUUUUAAAAAUCAAAUUUUUACUGUUAUUAACCAACUAUAACUGGAUUUCAAUAAAAUUAUCACGUCAUUUGGACAUUUAAAGGAUACUCAGUUUUACGAAUAACUGGCAAUGGGUUUUUCGACGGCCCUUCAGGGUCGUGCGGCUCAUGAGGCGCUUAUAUUGCGCCAGGAUGCUGAAUUGCGUUUAAUGGAAACAAUGAAACGUUGUUUUCAAAUGAAAGCAAAAUGUGACAGGGAGUAUGCUGCUGGGUUGGCAACAGUAGCUCAACAGGGAUUAAAAAUUGAUCGUGCUGAUGAUAUGCAAGGCAGCCUCAUAACAAAAUCCUGGCGCUCCUACAUGGACGAAUUAGAUCAACAAGCUAAACAAUUCCGCAUAAAUGCUGAACUCUUGGAAGUAAUAUGCGAAAAAUUGGCUCAUCUUUCACAGGAUAAACGGAAAGCCCGCAAGUCUUAUCAAGAGGAGCAUGCAAAAAUUGCAGUACGUUUAAAUCAUCUAACCGAUGAGGUACUACGUAAAAAGUCCGAAUACCAAAAACACCUAGAAGGAUACAAAGCGCUAAGGACCAGAUUCGAGGAGCAUUAUAUUAAAUGUGGUCGCGGUGGUCGUAAGCUAGACGAUGUCCGUGAUAAAUAUCAAAAAGCCUGCCGUAAGCUACAUUUAACACACAACGAGUAUGUUCUAUCAAUAACAGAAGCCGUUGAGGUGGAAAAAGACUUUCGAACCGUACUGUUGCCUGGUCUGCUAGAACAUCAACAGUCUGUACAAGAAAGUUUUAUAUUGUUAUGGAAGAACAUCCUCCAAGAAGCCAGCCAACAUGGUGAUCUAACAUCAGAUAAAUUUAAUGAAAUCCAAAAGCGUAUUGAUAAUGUGAUAAAUAAAAUAAAUCCCAACGAAGAAUACAGAGAAUUCACGGAAAAGCAUAAGCAAGUUCCUAAACUACAAAAACAAGAAAGUCUAUCUAAAUAUCAAUCAUUCCUCAGGACCUCACCCAAUAGCCCAAUUGUCUUUCAAUUUGAUGAGACAUUAAUUGAAGAUAUACCCGGCAAAUUACAAUCAAAUACAUUGACUGUUGAUAAUCUGACCGUAGAUUGGUUGCGAUCUAGAUUAAAUGAUCUCGAAGGAUCUGUUAAGGAAUGUCAAGAGAAACAAAUUAAAAUGAUUGGUGAUUUAAAUGGUGGAUCACCGAUUGCAAAUGGUGUUAAUGGAAUAUCAAAUAAAGAUAGUCAAAAUAGAAACUCAAAAGAUCUUAAUUCAUUGCGAUGUCAAGAAAAACAAAAACAAAAACUUUUAGAUAUGAUCAAAAGCGCACUGAGUGAAGUUGGCUGUGAAGAAUUACCAUCUGGAUGUGAUGAUCACUUAAAUGUUGAUCAAACUUUUAUUGAAAAUUCUUUUAAUAAUGACAAUCAGACUCGUCCUUCAGCCAAUGUAAGUAUAAUGAACGACCUUAUUCGCCGUGGUGGAGUCCUUACACUCUUACGAGGACCAUUUAAAAGAAAAGCGGCAACACCGCAACCAACAACUCCAACUUCUACAAUCCGCAAUCGAAAUCGUUUCAACAAAAACAUGCAGCCACGUUCUCAAAGUCUUGGAUCAUUAUCGAUGUCCCUGUCAUCGAACCGUCCACUAUACGAAGAAGAAUGGUUCCAUGGUGUUCUGCCUCGUGAAGAAGUCGUACGUCUACUCAACAACGAUGGUGACUUUUUGGUCCGUGAAACAAUUCGCAAUGAAGAAAGUCAAAUUGUUCUCAGUGUCUGUUGGAAUGGCCAUAAGCAUUUUAUUGUGCAAACAACAGUUGAUGGACACUUCCGGUUCGAAGGACCACCAUUCCCAAGCAUACAGGAACUCAUUAUGCAUCAGUAUCAAUCAGAGUUGCCAGUGACAGUUAAAUCAGGAGCAAUUCUAAGAAGACCAAUAUGUCGGGAACGUUGGGAGUUGAGUAAUGAUGAUGUGGUGCUACUGGAGAAAAUUGGAAGGGGUAAUUUUGGUGAUGUCUACAAAGCAAAACUCAAGUCUACAAAACAGGACGUUGCUGUUAAAACCUGUCGAAUGACGCUGCCAGACGAACAAAAGAGGAAAUUCCUCCAAGAGGGUCGUAUUCUUAAACAAUAUGAUCAUCCGAAUAUCGUUAAGUUAAUAGGAAUCUGCGUACAAAAGCAACCCAUAAUGAUUGUUAUGGAACUUGUACCCGGUGGAUCAUUGUUGAAUUUUUUGCGAAAGAAUUCCAAUUCUUUAACGACAAGACAAUUGAUGGGAAUGUGUAGAGAUGCUGCAGCCGGUAUGCGAUAUCUUGAAUCAAAGAAUUGCAUUCACCGUGAUUUGGCAGCUAGAAAUUGUCUUAUCGAUUUAGAAAAUUCAGUGAAAAUUUCUGAUUUCGGAAUGUCCCGAGAAGAAGAAGAGUACAUUGUUUCCGAUGGAAUGAAACAGAUUCCAGUUAAAUGGACUGCCCCGGAGGCUUUGAACUUUGGAAAAUAUACUUGCUUAUGUGAUGUUUGGUCUUAUGGUAUUUUGAUGUGGGAAAUAUUUUCAAAGGGCGAUACACCUUAUUCUGGAAUGAGUAAUUCACGGGCUAGAGAGCGUAUCGAUACUGGUUUUCGAAUGCCAGCUCCCGAGAAUACACCACCAGAGAUGUACCGUCUAAUGCUUAAAUGCUGGGCUGCUGAAGCCGAAUCUCGUCCACAUUUUGACGAAAUAUUUAAUGUCGUCGAUGCACUGAUUAUCCGAUAUGAUAACAAUAGCAAUUAAUCCACUUAUAUAAUGUAAUGCUUUUGUCACAAUGUGUCUUAAUUUAUUAAAAUACCGUCUCUCAACAACAAUCUAUCCCUAAAAAAACAUAAUCUUAUAAUAAAAAUAAAAUAGCCUUAACAAAGAAAAAUAUCUACAUAAAAUACUUGCAUAGUUUUUUUCUUACAACGAACAAACUCAUCAUAACAAUUCAACUUUUAAUCACUUAAAUUUAUUUCAUAUUUAAUUCAUUAUUUUAAUUAUAAUAUAAUUAUUGUAGUUUUCAAUAUAAAGUAUUUUGCAUGAGAAAAAUAUUUUAUUGGAAAAUAACUUGAGUUUCAUUUAUUCUUUAUGAAAUAAAGCUCAAUGUGCCAAAAAAAAAAU